UUCUCCUGAAGUGAAAGUGUUUCUCUUUCAGCUGAGGCGCCGUUAUGUUGCUGUUGGGAGAAAAUAAUAAUAAAAACUCCAACUCCAGGCAGAACCGGUGAGAUUAAUGAAGCCCAGCAUGGAGUGCUGAGUAAAAGAAUGUAAUUCAUUCACUCCAAGAGAUCAGUGUCUUCAGGAAUCAGCAGUGAGUCCAUGAGCUGUGUGUCCAUACACUAAUAUUCAAAAAUGGAGAGCCGUGAUCUGGACACAGAUAAUGUGACCCCACCCUCAAAAAAGCGUAAACUCCAGAGAAAGAAAUCAGACUCACCAGAACCCAGCUGUGUCUCCAUGAAGAGUGAUCGGUCUAUGGAUCCUCCUUUGAACUUCAACAGUGGAAACCCCUCAUCUGUCCACAGUAAACUCCAGAUGAAGAGAUCAGACUCACCAGAACCCAGCUGUGUCUCCAUGAAAAGUGAUCGGUCUAUGAUUCUUCCUUUGAACUUUAACAGUGGAAACCCCUCAUCUGUCCACAGUGAUUUACAGAAGGCAGGAGACAGAAUAGAAAAGAUCUUCCUCACAGAUACAGAACACGCCCCAGAAUCUGCUGCUGGAAAUGAAGUCCAGAAAAAGUUCAGGUUAAAUCUGAUGAUGAAGUUUCAGCAUUUAAAUGAAGUGAUGAUAAAGCAGGAAAACCGAGUGCUCCUGAAUGAGAUCUACACAGAGCUCUACAUCACAGAGGGAGACAGUGGAGACAUCAAUAAAGAACAUGAGGUGAGACAGAUCGAGGCAGCGUCCAGGAGAAAAACAACAGAGGAAACACCAAUCAAAUGCAACGACAUCUUUAAGCCCUUAUCUGAAGAAGACAAACCCAUCAGAACUGUAGUGACAAAGGGAGUGGCUGGUAUCGGAAAAACAGUCUCUGUGCAGAAGUUCAUUGUGGACUGGGCUGAAGGGAAAGCAAAUCAGGACGUCCACCUCAUAUUUCCACUUCCUUUCAGAGAGCUGAAUCUGAUGAAGGACCAAAAACUGAGUCUAAUGGAGCUCCUUCAUGUCUGUUUUAAGGAAACCAAAGAAACAGAAAUGUCCAGGUUGGGAAAGGUUCUGUUCAUUUUUGAUGGAUUGGACGAGUGUCGUUUCCCUCUGGAUUUCCAGACCACAGUGAGUGUGUGUGAUGUAACUGAAUCAGCAUCAGUGCGUGUGCUGCUGAUAAACCUGAUCAAAGGGAAUCUGCUUCCCUCUGCUCUCAUCUGGAUCACCUCCCGACCAGCAGCAGCUGAUCAAAUCCCCUCUGAGUUUGUCCAUCGAGUCACAGAGGUACGAGGGUUCAAUGACCCACAGAAGGAGGAGUACUUCAGGAAGAGGGUCAGUGAUCGGAGCCUGGCCGAGAACAUCAUCACACACCUGAAGUCAUUAAGAAGCCUCUACAUCAUGUGCCACAUCCCAGUCUUCUGCUGGAUUUCAGCCGCUGUUCUAGAGAGAAUGUUGGGUGAAGCAGAGAGUGGCGAGAUCCCCAAGACUCUGACUCAAAUGUACACACACUUCCUCAUCAUUCAGACAAACAUCAUCAGAGGAAAGUACUCAAAGAAGCAGAAGCAUGAUAAAAAAAUGUUUCUCAAACUGGGAAAACUGGCUUUUGAGCAGCUGGAGAAAGGCAACCUGAUCUUCUAUGAGGAAGACCUGAGAGAGUGUGGCAUUGAUGUGACAGAAGCAGCAGUGUACUCUGGUGUGUGUACGCAGAUCUUCAGAGAGGAGGUUGGGCUUCACCAGAGUAAAGUGUACUGCUUUGUUCAUCUGAGUGUUCAGGAGCAUCUCGCAGCUCUGUAUGUGCAUCUGACCUUCAUGAAGGAAAAGAGAAAUGUUCUUGAUCAGAGUCAGUCCUUUGAGACAAUUUCAGAUUUACACAAGUGUGCUGUAGAUCAGACCUUAAAAAGUCAGACUGGACAUCUGGAUCUGUUCCUCCGCUUUCUUCUGGGUCUCUCACUGGAGUCCAAUCAGAAACUCUUACAUGCCUUAGUAACACAGACAGGAAGUAGCUCCCAGAGCAAAGAGAAAACAGUUCAGUACAUUAAGGAGAAGAUCAGUGAAAAUCUUCCUGCAGAAAAAUCCAUCAAUCUGUUCCACUGUCUGAAUGAACUGGGUGACGAUUCUCUAGUGGAGGAAAUCCAACGCUACCUGAAAUCUGGAAAACAAAGUGAACUCUCUCCUUCACAGUGGUCUGCUCUGGUGUUUGUGUUACUGACUUCAGCACAGGAGCUGGAGGAGUUUGACCUGAGUAAAUAUACCAGGACAGAGAAGAUACCAGAUGAGGUUCUUGUGAAGGUGAUGCCGGUGAUUGCAGCAUCCAGAAAAGCAAUGAUCAGUUGUGAUGCAAUUGAAGGGAGAAGCGCUGAAGCUCUGGUCUCAGUGCUCAACUCAGAAACCUCCAGUCUGAGAGAACUGCAUCUGACUGUGAAGACACUGGAUCUGUCUGGGAAUAAACUACAAGACUCAGGAGUGAAGCGUCUCUGUGCUGGACUGGAGAAUCCUCACUGUAAAGUGGAGACACUGGGGUUGUGGGGUUGUGGUGUCUCAGAUGAAGGCUGUGCUGCUCUGAGUUCAGCUCUGAGAUCAAACCCCUCACACCUGAGAGAACUGGAUCUGUCUCGGAAUAAUAAUCUGGGAGACUCAGGAGUGAAGCGUCUCUGUGCUGUACUGAAGAAUCCUCACUGUAAACUGGAGACACUGAGGUUGUGGGGUUGUGGUGUCUCAGAUGAAGGCUGUGCUGCUCUGAGUUCAGCUCUGAGAUCAAACCCCUCACACCUGAGAAAGCUGGAUCUGAAUAAUAAUAAUCUGGGAGACUCAGGAGUGAAGCGUCUCUGUGCUGGACUGGAGAAUCCUCACUGUAAACUGGAGAAACUGAGGUUGCGGGGUUGUGGUGUCUCAGAUGAAGGCUGUGCUGCUCUGAGUUCAGCUCUGAGAUCAAACCCCUCACACCUGAGAGACCUGAAUCUGACUAAGAAUAAUCUGGGAGACUCAGGAGUGAAGCGUCUCUGUGCUGUACUGGAGAAUCCUCACUGUAAACUGGAGACACUGUGGUUGUGUGGUUGUGGUGUCUCAGAUGAAGGCUGUGCUGCUCUGAGUUCAGCUCUGAGAUCAAACCCCUCACACCUGAGACAACUGAAUCUGACUGAGAAUAAUCUGGGAGACUCAGGAGUGAAGCGUCUCUGUGCUGGACUGGAGAAUCCUCACUGUAAACUGGAGACACUGGGGUUGCGGUGGUGUGGUGUCUCAGAUGAAGGCUGUGCUGCUCUCGCUUCAGCUCUGAGAUCAAAUCCCUCACACCUGAGAGUAUUGGAUCUGUCUGGGAAUAAAAUCAGAGACUCAGGAGAGAAGCUGCUCUCUGCUCUUAAGGAUGAUAAACAUUACAAACUACAGAAACUCGAUUUCAGUCGGUGAUGAACAUCUGUGUGUGUGAUGAAGACUCUGGUGUUCCUGCAUUUCCAUGUUGGGGAACAGACAUCACAUUCAUAAACACAUCAGUCAUUUAGUUCUAACAAAUGAAAGAGACUCGGAGUCGUGGUCAGUGUGUGUUCAUGGUGCACAGUGAAUCAGACUGCACACAAUUCUACACUGAAUGUGGAACAACUUGUGAUCUGCAUGAAACUGCCUGGACCUCAGUCCCUUAAAAACCCUGAAAGAGCAGGUGAAAAAGCACAGGGACUCGAGCUGAACCCAGUCAGUGGAAGAGGGAGCUGAAAUGGACAGGAACAGUUUCAGGACAUUGGUGGGAUUCUCACCUGACAGGAUCGGCAUUUGGGGAGUUAAUCUGAGGAAGCCCCGAGGAGACUCACUGCAAGGCACAUUUAUCACUUUGUCCUUUGGUUGGCAUUUAAUAUACACUCACUGAGCACUUUAUUAGGAACACCUGGAUGGAACCGCCUUGUUGACGAGAGGGUUCACCAGAGAACGGCCAGACUGGUUUGAGCUGACAGAAAAGCUACAGUAACUCAGAUAACCACUCUGUAUAAUUGUGGUGAGCAGAAAAGCAUCUCAAAAUGCACAGCACACUGAACACUGAGGUGGAUGACCACGUCGGGUUCCACUUCUGUCAGCCAAGAACAGAAAGCUGAGGCUGCAGUGGGCACAGGAUUACCACAACUGGACAGUUGAAGAGUGAAAAAACGUAGCCUGGUCUGAUGAACCUCGAUUUCUGCUGAGGCUCACAGAUGGUGGCGUCAGAAUUUGGCACCAACAGCAUGAAUUAGUGUUCCUAAUAAGGUGCUCUGUGACUGUAGAUUAGAUCGUUUUGUUACAGGAUCAGACCAAAGCUGUUCUUUAUUUUAUUUAAUAUCUGAUCCUGAUUUUUUUUUUCUGGUAUCAGCUGAUCAAACCCGAUAUGGGAUCAGUGCCAUCACUUUUACUUAAAUCUAAACUAAUUACAGUAUGUUACGUAAUUGUAUCAAUCUAAAAAUUAUGUAUUUAAAAUUCUUUUUAUUGAA